UAAAAAUGUAAAAAAAAUCAUUUUGGAUCUUUAAAAUGCUAGUGAGGGUUUGAGGGCUUGAGGGCACCAAAGCCCUCUCCCUCGUCCUCGCCGCCGCAGCCUGCACGGAGCUCGAAGCAGGAGUGGAGAGGGCGAAACAGUCCGGCGAUGGAGUACGUCAACCCUCUCACCGGCUUCCGCGUCGACGGCCGCCGCCCCAACGAGAUGCGGCAGCUCAAGGGCGAGGUCGGCGUCGUCUCCAGGGCCGACGGCUCGGCGCUCUUCGAGAUGGGCAACACCAGGGUCAUCGCCGCCGUCUACGGACCUCGAGAGAUCCAAAACAGGAGUCAGCAACAAAACGGUAAAGAGGCUUUGGUGCGUUGUGAGUAUAGAAUGGCAGAAUUUAGCACUGGGGAUCGAAGGAGAAAGCCAAAAGGUGACAGGCGAUCAACAGAAAUUUCUCUUGUUAUUCGGCAAACAAUGGAGGCAAGCAUAUUAACACAUAUAAUGCCACACUCACAGAUUGACAUAUUUGUCCAAGUUCUUCAAGCUGAUGGUGGAACCAGGUCCGCAUGCAUCAAUGCUGCAACACUAGCACUUGCAGAUGCUGGGAUUCCAAUGCGAGACAUAGUCACUUCUUGCAGUGCUGGGUAUCUGUGUUCUACUCCUUUGCUUGAUCUGAAUUAUAUAGAAGACAGCGCUGGAGGCGCGGAUGUAACCGUUGGCAUUCUUGCAAAGAUGGACAAAGUGACUCUUCUGCAGAUGGACGCGAAACUACCAAUGGACACAUUUGAGACUGUGAUGGACCUUGCAACUGAAGGGUGCAAAGCGAUCGCGACCUACAUCCGAGAGGUGCUAUUGGAGAACACGAAGCAGCUGGAGUGUCAGCGAGGCUAGUUAAACCUAGCAGGCGGAUGCCAUUAAACGAGAGCCUGUAGCACUUGAAGGCGGGUCUGUUGUGUAACGCUGAUUGAUGGCUUAUCUGCCUAGCAGAGCUAGCAUUGAGAGAAAAAAAUGGCACUGAACCUGUCAAAGAUAGCCGGACCAUCAUUUUCCCUCCUAACGUAAAUGCUGUAGCGCACAGGAGAUGACAUCUUGAUUAUGUGAAACUUUGAUGUUGAACUUGGUAUCCAUGUUGUACUUUUGAAAAUGUUUUAACACGGUGCAAAUUUAACUUCAAAAUA